AUGCUGUCUCCGCCCACAGCCGACUCCCAGACGCUCGACUCGUCCACCGCCCAGCAGCAACAGCACGGCGCGUCCACCACUUCCUCCUCCUCCACCACCACCACCAACGGCACCUCGGGCGACGGCGCCGUUCAGCCUCCCAACGCCCCUCCUCCCAGCAUCAAUGGAGCAGACAUCGCGUCCGCCGAGAACAACGCGAUCCGAGACGGAAAACAAAAGGCCAAGGCCGUCAUGGCCGCCUCUGGCCUCAACCUGACGCCCACCCACGGCGACACGGCAUCGCCAGCACAUACCGACGCCAUCAACGGCGCGUCGCCCAGUCGAAAGCGAUCGCGUUCAGGCACCCGCAAGUCGUCGCGCACACCCUCGCACGAUGACGGGGCGCAACCCACGGCCUUGCAGAAACAGCUUCUCGAUCGCUACAUUGCGCGCGACCUGCUUGACAGCGUCAACAAGUACGAACGCAACAAGCAUUCCGAGAAGGUAUACGGCCAACUAAACGACCUGCGUCACUUUUACCGCGACGAAGUCUAUCCUGUGCGCCGCCAAAACCCCGGCGCAAUUUUUGGCUAUGGCUAUGCCGGCUAUGGCAACGGCGUGACUGACAUUCCCCCGGACCCCAGAGAUCCCCGCGCUCUCCCGCAAACAAAAUUGCUAUAUCCCGAACAUGCCAAGCGCGCUGGCCGUCGGCUCGCGCCGCAAUUGAAGAUCCCGAGAGACAAGAUAGCGCAGCAGGCGGAGCAGAUUGAAGAGCUGGUGCCUGUGCGUCUGGACAUUGAACUGGACAGAUUGAAGCUCCGAGACACGUUUACCUGGAACCUGCACGACCGCGUCACAAACCCCCUCUUGUUCGCCCAGACGCUCGUUGAAGACUUCCAGAUACCACCUGAGCUGCGCCAGAAUGUAAUGCAGCAGAUUGAUCGCGAGAUCCACGAACAGGUCCAGGACUACUACCCUCAUGCCUUCUUUGACGACGAGCCAUUGGACCCCCACCUACCAUACUCCGCAUAUAAGAACGACGAGAUGCGGAUAUCAAUCAAGUUGAACAUCACCAUUGGCCAGCACACUCUCAUGGACCAAUUCGAAUGGGAAAUCAACAACCCGCUGAAUGCACCUGAGGAGUUUGCAAGACAGAUGGCUGCGGACCUGUCCCUGUCCGGAGAGUUCACCACCGCCAUUGCUCAUUCCAUAAGGGAACAAUGUCAAAUGUUUACAAAGAGUCUAUACAUUACAGGGCAUCCCUUCGAUGGGCGCCCUGUGGAGGAUGCUGACAUUCAGGACAACUUCUUGCCUUCUCCACUCCCCUCCGUCUUCCGCCCAAUGCAGGCAACCAAGGACUACCAACCCUACCUGUACGAGCUGAGCAAUGCAGACCUGGAGCGCGCCGAGCUCUCCAUUAUGCGCGAGCAGCGACGCCAGAAACGAUCAGUCAAUCGCCGCGGUGGCCCGGCACUACCAGAUCUCAAGGAUCGACAACGGACUGUACGCACACUGGUUGUUUCGUCGGUUCUACCAGGAGCUGCAGAGACCAUCGAAGAAAGCCAGCUUUUCAAGGCGACAAGGAAAGCUAGGGAAGGCCGUCGUCGCGCUGAAGGCAGUUCAGACGAGUCUGAUAGCGAUGAGUCUGUGCUGGAAUCACCUGCUCCCGCGCAGUUGACUGGAGGUACUGCCCGAACUCGUGGUAUGCGUGGAGCAGCUACCGCCGCUCAAGCCGCCAUGCGUUCGGCCAUUGGCCGAUCAGCAACACCUGAAGUGUCCACUCUCCAGCCUCAUCAUGAGCCGCGGACAGCCAGAUCGCUCAGAUAUGAAACACGCGAGGAGAGCGUGUCUGAAUCGACUUCACUCAUAGUCAAACUUCGCAUCUCAUCGGCCAAGUUGAAAGAGUGGCAGGCCAAUCCAAAAGCAUUCGCAAAGCCUGCUUCCACCCCAAUGAUGGCACCAUCGCAAACGCCGGCACGAAAUACACCUACUGCAAACUCAAUGCCUCCACCACCAUCACCAUCACCGGCUUUGCCUUCUCGCUCUACUCCGACAGCGCCUCCAUCUGUCGAAGCAUCACCCCGCCUGUCCACAACUUCCACACCAGCUGCUUCGAAUGAGCAACGACAAUACAGACCAGAUGGCUCAAUGGAAGCACCUUGGCCUGCGCCUCCUGUCUCACAACAUCCUCCCCCACCUCCGUGGCUCCAACAAGGAUUGCAGGAUCUCCGUGACCGAAAUCCCGGUGAACUCUUCGAAUCCACCAUGCGUUAUGCAGUCAUGAACGAGGCCGCGGAAGAUCCCAAGACCGGCGCCGUUGCUCCCAAGCAAGUUCGGAUAGAUACACUUGCCCCAGGUGCACCACUGCCUGCGAACCACAAAGCAUACUUCCUACCUCGGAUUCGAUGCAUGGAUUGCCCUGGAAAGCUGUACAAUGCAGGUCCCGAGCAGACAGUCAACAAUUUCGAACUCCAUCUGAAGAAUCGGGCGCAUACGGAGAACGUACGAAAACGAACUGGUCAAUGA